AUGCGCGCGACCGCCGCGCGAAUCGAACCGUCGCGCACCUCGUCGCGCGUCGCGAACCGCGCGCGCGCGCCGCGCAGGCGUCGCGCGCGCGCCGCCGCCGCGUCAACGAUCGGGGACGCGAACGAAAGCACCGACGCCGCCACGGCGUACGACGUCCUGGGCGUCCGGGAAAACGCGACGAAAGAUGAGAUACGACGAGCGUUCCUGCGAAUGAGCAAGACGCAUCACCCGGACGUGCGACAGACGAGCGGUGAUGACGACGGGAUGAUGGCCAAGGUGAAUUCGAGCUACGCGGCGUUGUUCGACGACGACGCGCGAAGGAAAUACGAUGCGAAACUGCGGGAAUCGAGGAAAGGAGAUGCGAAAAUGAAACGCGCGAGCGAUGGGGUGACGGCGACUUACGAAGGGUUGGUUGGACCGAUCGUGAACGAUGAGAUGGCGUCGCUCGACGUGUGUAAAAUUGAAGAGUGCGCGGUGGACGCGGCGGCGGAGAUGAUCGAUUCUAUACGACAGUGGGCGAGGACGUUGGCGUUUACGAGCGAAUUACCGUUGCCGUUGCCGGUGAGUGUGGACGAUUUGCCCACGGGCGCGCGGCUGGCGUUCAUGCGGUACGAUUCGAGCCAAGGAUUGCGAGAGGCGGGAGCGUUGAGACUCGAGGUGCUCGAAACGAGCGAGGGCACCAAGGUUUCGGUGUCUCGAUCAUUCGCGAAGGCGUCUCGCGCGGCGAAAUUCGAAAUUCCCGGCGAAGGGCGUGUGAUGUCAGCAUUUAUGCAGGAGUUUAAGUUUCUCCUCGGCGAAGACGAGAAGAGAACGAGGAAAGUCGACGAGGCUUCAGACGACGACUUUGUGAGCGCUUUUAAAAGCGCAUUUGCGGCGUUCAUCUUACCAGGUUUGCCCAUGUUUGGUGCCACUAAGAGCGCGCCGGGUGGCGCGUAUAACGCGUACAAUUUAAAGCACGACGCCAAGCACAUCGAUUAA